UCAUGGCGAACCCAGGAGGCCACGCUCACACGAGCUCCGAAUCAAAAUAUAGUUUUGAUAUAGUGUUCCUCAAACGAUUCCUGCGACUGUUUCGUCUUAUGUUCCCAAGAUGGCUGAGUGUCACAUCUCUGCUGAGUUUCUUUCUUCUUCUGCUGUCUCUUCUGGAGCAAGUGAUCAUCUACAACAUUGGACUCAUCCCCAGCAAAUACUACGUGGUACUGGGAGACAAGGACAUGGACGGUUUUCGUUCCAAAACAAUGACGGCAGUUUUGCUGAUUCUCGCUGAAGCUUUUAUGAAGAGCACCAUCUUGUUUGUUUCAUCGGUACUGUAUGUGACGUGGAGGAGCUUGUUGACUGUUGCUCUACAUCGUCGUUACUUCUACGACGUCAUCUACUACCGACUCAAUGUGCUGGACAAAGCUGUAGAUAACCCGGAUCAGAGAAUCACGCAGGAUGUGGACAAACUAUGCAAUUCCUUUAGUUUGAUAAUUGCCCCACUGAUUAUCUCCCCUUUCACCAUUGGUUACUAUGUAAAACAAGCUGCAGAUGGCACUGGGUACCUGGGUCCAGUGAGUGUGGUGGUGUUCUUCAUCUUAGCGACAAUCAUCAACAAGUUCCUCAUGUCCCCGGUGGUCAGGUUUGUCUUCCAGCAGGAGAGGAGAGAGGGGGACUUUAGGUUCAAGCACAUGCAGAUACGAGUAAAUGCUGAGUCAGCAGCUUUCUACAGGUCAGGGGCCAUUGAGGAGAAGAAAACCAACCAGAAACUCCAUGAUCUUAUCAAAGUCCAGCAUAAAUUGAUCCGCAGACAGUACGCUCUUAACUUUUCCAUCAAGGCUGCAGACUACCUGGGCAGUAUUCUAAGCUACAUCGCUAUUGCUGUGCCCAUCUUUGCUGGGAACUAUGACUCCUUGUCAGCAGCGGAACUGUCUGCUCUCAUCAGUAAGAAUGCAUUUGUGACCAUCUACCUCAUCAGCUGUUUCACCAAGCUGAUCGACCUGUCCUCUCAGGUCACCAACAUGGCUGGCAAUGCUCACAGGGUUGGUGAAUUGUUUGAAGUGCUGGGUCGGCUGAAGGAUGCACAGUCGGAGGACUACAGUUUUCUGGAUGAAACCACUCCCAGAGACUUCCGGGAUGAUUCAGCGGACACAGCAUCCCAGACAAACAUGGCGCUCAAGCUGCAGGAUGUCACAUAUGGUCCACCAAAGUCAGCCCGAAUAUUGUGUAGAAAUCUGAAUUUCCAGCUGGAGAGUGGGAUAAACAUCCUGGUUACGGGGGACAGCGGUUGUGGGAAGAGCUCACUGCUUCGGGUCAUCAAUGGCCUGUGGUCAAGCAUUACUGGACAUGUAUCCAAAGGACCUAAAGCUGUUUUCUACCUACCACAGAGGCCUUACUUCACUGACGGGACUCUCAGGGAACAGAUCAUAUAUCCAUUGAGGACCGAGGAAAGUGUUCAGUAUGAUGACAAGAUGUACCAGUAUCUAGAUGUGGUGGGUCUGCGAUGCCUUGUUGACAGGAUUGGGGGGCUUGAUGUUGCUGUAGACUGGAACUGGUACGAUGAGCUGUCUCCGGGAGAGAUGCAGAGGCUGGCCUUUGUCAGACUGUUUUAUCAUCAGCCUCCAUUUGCAGCGUUAGAUGAAUCCACGAGUCAGAUAGGUGUGAAUCUUGAGGAGCAGCUGUAUCGGCAGUGCAGCGAGCUGAACAUCACUGUAAUGAGUGUUGGACACAGAGAUAGUGUGCGGAAAUUCCAUGACAUGGAGCUGCACUUGGAUGGACAAGGAAGCUGGACCAUGACUCCGAUCGGGCAUGAUGUCAUUAACUCAUGAUGGUGAAUAUUGAAUGCCAGGAAACAACAGCCCCAAGGAAACAAUUCCAGCCAGACGUCUUUCAAGACCAGACACUUGAGAAUUAUUAUUUUAACAAAGUAUAGUUGACAAUCACAUCUUCAUUGUAUGUUCUUUUGUCUUAAAUGUUUGUUUUGUUGAAACAUUAAUUUAAUUUAUUAAAUAUUAGAUUUGAUCUGAAUUAAAUGUUAGUAUUGUUUCUCAAAAAGUGCUAUAAAUGUGUUUGUUGUCAUUAGUUUGGUUGUGUUUGUAUUUCUCGAUCUGUCAUUUAUUCCAAGGGCAUAAUAACUCGUAUAGCAGACCAGAUCACUUCAUUAUCCACAAACUUCAUGGAUAACUUCUUUUAUUUCGUGAUUGUGACGUUUCAAUACAGAUUCUUGUCCACUGUGCUGUUUGACGGUACAAGAAUCUGUAUCGAAACGGUGCACUCAAGAAUUGUAACAAGUUGUAAUAUAUACGUUUGUCAGUAUUGUACAUCUUGACUUCUAAAAUUUCACUCAAAGAAACAGAUCACUUCAAUAGAGAUAUCCCCUGGCAAAGCGUACUACCUUCUAUUUUGGAGACAACAAUGAUAACUCCAUUUUUAUUAAGAAUUUAAGUUCAUAAAUGUAUGAUCAUUUAUGUGAAAUAUGUUGUCAGUAUAUCACGUAACUGAUGAAAUAAGAAUAUUUGAUAGUUGCUGGUCUGACAGAAAUGUUAAUAUACGACUCAGAAAAGACAAUUCAAUUAUUUCACAUAACUGAAUUUCAUCUGCCAUGACAGAUUAAUUAUGGUGAUAUUAAAGAAUCAGAAGAUCCUUAAUAUUGUUUCAUCAGUAUAUGUGAAAAACAUAUCAGGAAGAUAAUUCAAGUGAGGCAUUACGAGUAUUUUUCAUUAUGUAUUUUGUCCUUGUUUGUUUAUCAGAUUGUUAGGGAGGAAGAUGCCAUUUUGUUAUUGAGAAAUGUGUUCUAGUCGAGUGUGAGAAAUUGUGAAACUGAGUCAAAUAUCUAUUUUUCUUCAUGAUAAACUUCCCCCACAUGGGUACAAUAUGUGAAGCCCAUUUCUGGUGUCCUCCGUCGUGAUAUUGCUGGAAUAUUGCUAAAAAGCGGCGUAAAACCAUACUCACUCACUCACUCAUGAUAAACAAGGCAUGGAAUGAAUGAUGUUACUGGUGCAAGCACUUCUGAGAACAAAGACCAUCCGGUCCUAGAAUGGACCAAGUUGCAGGAACUGACCAAACA